CUUGGGGCUCUCAGCGGAGCAGCGCGAUGGCUCCAGCGCUGGGUCUGGGGGUGCUCUUGGGGCUCCUGGGGCUCCUGGGGGGCCCGGGUGGCGCGACGAGAGUUCUCCACUCCUUGCGUUACCUGCAUGUGGGGGUGUCAGAGCCCAGCCCCGGUAUCCCCCAGUUCGUGUCCAUUGGGUACCUGGAUGGGAUCCCCUUCGUGCACUGCGACAGCGAGCGGGGCCGGAUGGUGCCGCUGACAAAGUGGAUGGAGGAUGGAGCCGAGCCGGGAUAUUGGGAUGGCCAGACCCAGAUCUGUGAGAGGAGUCAGCACGUGUAUGCCAGGGGCCUGGAGACACUGCGGGAGCGGUACAACCAGAGCAGGGGUCUCCACUCAGUGUUGCGAGUUUCCGGCUGUGACCUCCUUUCCGACGGGAGCGUCCGUGGAUCCUACCAGCACGGCUACGAUGGGCAGGAUUUCAUCUCCUUUGACCUGGGAUCCGGGAGAUUCCUGGCGGCCGACAGCGCUGCUGAGAUCACCAGGAGACGCUGGGAACACGAGAACGUGGCUGAGAGCUGGACAAAUUACCUGGAGCACGAAUGCCCAGAAUGGCUCCGGAAAUACAUCAGAUAUGGGCAGAAGGAGCUGGACCGCAAAGAUCUCACCCCCAUCCCAUUCCCAUGGAAUUCCAUGCAUGUCUCUCACUUUCAUCCCAUUCCAGAGCUCCCAAAUGUCCAUGUGUCCAGAAAAGAGGAACAUGGGACGCUGAUCUUGUCCUGCCACGCAUACGGAUUCUACCCCAACGCAAUCGCAGUCACCUGGAUGAAGGGGGAUGAAAUCUGGGAUCAGGAGACGGAGUGGGGUGGGGUCGUUCCCAACAGCGAUGGCACCUUCCACACCUGGGCCAGGAUCAAGGUGCUGCCAGAGGAGCAGGAGCAGUACCGGUGCCGGGUGGAGCAUCCCGCAAUGUCUGAGCCUGGGAUCUUUGCUUGGGAGCCGACAUCUGUCUGGAAUCUCACCGUGGUGAUCGCUGUGUCCAUCUUCGCUCUCAUCCUCCUCGUUGCCCUCAUCGGAUUCAUCGUCUGGAAGCGCCGAUCCGGGAGGAGAGACAGGGAUAGAUACAACAUAGCAGUCAGGAAUGACGGGGAAUAAAAGGCUUGAUGGCAGCAAUCACUGCCUGAGAGAUCCACAGAGCUGGAUCCGGCCCCUUCCCUCUUCCCGGGAAACCAAGAGCUCGCCACCGAACUCAUCCCCAUGCUCCCACGCACCCGCAGCUCUUGCCAAGGAAUCAAUUUCCCAUUACCCAGUGUUUUGAGGGCAGGAAGCCCAAAUAUUCCAAUGCUUUAGUUCUGGUGCAAAAUUAUCCUGCUUGAGGCAAUAAAUCCUGCUUGGGGCAAUAAAUCCUGCUUGGGGCAAUAAAUCCUGAUGGGGCAAUAAAUCCUGCUUGGGGCAAUAAAUCCUGAUGGGGCAAUAAAUCCGGGUUCCCUC